AUGACUUCUCCCCAGACGGUGGCCGAUGCCAACGCCGCCAUCCAGGCCGGCAACAAUGCCGAGGGCGAGCGCAUCCUCAAGGUCAUCCUGGCCGACCAGUCCAAGCCCAACGACGAGGCGCAGCUCAAGGAGCAGGAGUCGGCGCUGACGCGGCUCGGCGAGCUCUACCGCGACACGCACAACGCCGAGGCGCUCGCAGAGGCGGUCCGCUCCUCGAGGACGUUCAUGUCGGCCAUCGCCAAGGCAAAGACGGCCAAGCUGGUGCGCACGCUCAUCGACCUCUUCUCGGGCAUACCCGGCAGCCAGCAGAUCCAGAUCCAGGUGACCAAGGAAAACGCCGAGUGGGCCAAGAACGAGAAGCGCAUCUUUCUCAAGCAGAACCUCGAGACCAAGCUCAUCGCCCUCUACUUUGAGGCUAAGUCGUACCGCGAGGCGCUCCCGCUCAUCGAGUCGCUGCUCAAGGAGCUCAAGAAGCUCGACGACAAGAUGAUCCUCACCGAGGUCCACCUGCUCGAGUCCAAGGUCAACCACGCCACGAAAAACUUCCCAAAGGCCAAGGCGGCCCUCACGUCGGCGAGGACCGCCGCCAACUCUAUCUACUGCCCGCCCACGCUCCAGGCCCAGCUCGACCUGCAGGCAGGCGUGCUCCACGCCGAGGACAAGGACUACGCCACCGCCUACUCAUACUUUUUCGAGACGCUCGAGGGCUUCGCGCUGCAGGAGGACGCACGGGCACCGCUGGCGCUCAAGUACAUGCUGCUUUGCAAAAUCAUGCUCAACCUCAGCGACGACGUCAACGCCAUCAUCGGCGGCAAGUACGCCACCAAGUACGCCGGGCGCGACGUCGAGGCCAUGAAGGCCGUCGCCAAGGCGCACGAGGAUCGCAGCCUCGAGGCGUUCGAGAGCGCGCUCAAGACCUACAAGGACGAGCUCUCAAACGACCCCAUCAUCCGCAACCACCUCUCGGCGCUCUACGACACAUUGCUCGAGCAGAAUCUGCUGCGGAUCAUUGAGCCAUAUAGCCGCGUCGAGAUCGCCCACGUGGCAAAGGAGGUCAAGCAGCCGGUGCGCGAGGUCGAGCUAAAGCUCAGCCAGAUGAUUCUCGACAAGGUCUUCCACGGUAUCCUCGACCAAGGGGCGGGGUGCCUGGUCGUCUACGACGAGCCCCAAGAAGACAAAACGUACGAGGUGACGCUAGAAACCCUAAAGCACGUCGGCAACGUCAUCGACAGCCUGUACAAGAAGGCCAACAAGCUUUCCUAG